AUGAUCAGCAGAAGGCAAAUAGUUAAUCGACUUACAAGAGGAUCACUGCAUAGAGAUGCUAUCUCCAUUGUUGGAAUGCCUAGAAUCGGUAAAACAACUUUGGCUAACAAAGUGUAUGAUGACCCUGAAAUUGUCGGGUACUACCAUACUCGUGCAUGGUGUUAUGUUUCACAAGUAUACACCGAAAGAGACCUCUUGCUUGAAAUUUUGAGCCACAUUAUACAGCUUGUUGAUAAUAUCCAUUCAAUGGAAGAUGAAGAUUUGGAAUUGCUGUUGUGUCAAAGCUUGGGGAGAAAUCAGUACCUUAUCUUUAUGGAUGACAUGUCGGAUAUUGGGGCAUGGGAUGACUUACAGAGCUCUUUCCCAAAUGACCAAAAUGGAAGUACAAUUUUGAUAACCAGUAGUCUCUCUGGUGUGGUUUUCAAAGUCACACUAGAAAGUAAUCUUUUUAAUCUUCGUCCACUCUCUGAUGAUGAAACGUGGGAGUUACAAAGAAUGAAGAUAUUUCCUAAACAAUGCUGCUCUGAGGAACUAUGGGAAGUCGAGAAGGACAAUGCCAGGAACUGUCAAGGGCUGCCUCUUUCAUUUGUUGCAAUUGCAGGUCUCCUUAAAUGGAGAAACAUGAAACCAGAAUCAUGGAAACAAAUUGCACGUAGUUUGAAUCCACUCAUUACCAGUGAUCCUCAGAGACGAUGCAUGCAAAUCUUAGAACUGAGUUACAAGAAUUUGCCAAAUUGGCUCAAAGCAUGCUUUCUUUGCCUUGUAGUAUUUCAAGAAGACGAGGAGAUUUCAGUUCAAAAUUUGACAUGGCUAUGGAUGGUGGAAGGGUGUUGGCACAAAAAAAAUGGGGACAGCGGAAGUAAUUUUGACACAUAA